GGAGCAGGGCGCGGAGCUGCCUGCAACACCUCCUCUCCCUUCAAACUUCAGUCGACUUUUUCUGAAUUAUGCCUAUGUGGAAGACGUUCUGGAGUUUCAUCUGAUGGAUUUGCAUGAUCACACAUUGGAUUUGGCGCGGGAGUUUGAGGGGUCCUAUCUGGAUGAGAGGAAGUUUUUGCAGGAUCUGUGGUCGCGGGGCUGCUGCGAUGGUUUUUAGUGAUUCUGUGCUGUGAGUUUUUUUUUUUUUUUUUUUGUCCCCCCCCAAAGCGCGCACAGCUCCGGCCCGCUCCUGCUGUCAUGGAGAACCUCACCAUGGAGAACAUGACUGUAGAGAACGACACGUCGCUGCAGGACAACCAGACCCUGGGUGUUUGGACUGACUACACAGUUGAGUACAAGGUGGUCAGCGUGUUUUUGGUGUCCCUCAUAUGCGGGGUGGGGAUCGUGGGGAACGUGAUGGUGAUCCUGGUGGUGCUGACCACCAAACACAUGCGGACUCCCACCAACUGUUACCUGGUGAGCCUGGCCGCGGCUGACCUGAUGGUCCUGACCGCCGCCGGGCUGCCCAACAUCACCGACGCCCUGCACGGGCAGUGGGUGUUCGGGUACGCGGGCUGCCUGGGGAUCACUUACUUCCAGUACCUGGGGAUCAACGCGUCCUCCUGCUCCAUCACCGCCUUCACCGUGGAGCGCUACAUCGCCAUCUGCCACCCCAUCAAGGCGCAAUUCCUCUGCACUUUAUCCCGGGCCAAGAAGAUCAUCAUGCUGGUGUGGGCGCUCACCUCCGUCUACUGCGUCAUGUGGCUCUUUCUGUCGGACACCAAGAAGUUGGUGUACGACAACGUGGUGCUGCUCAGCUGCGCCUACAAGGUGUCCAGGACUCACUACCUGCCCAUCUACUUCACGGAUUUCGCGGUGUUCUACGUGCUGCCCCUCAUGCUGGCCACGGUUCUGUACGGACUGAUCGCCCGGAUACUUUUCCUCAACCCGCUGCCUUCACACCCGAAGGAGAGCACCAAGAAGUGGAGGAAGGAGACGAGCCAGGGAGGGAGGAUGAUCGGAGCCAGCUCCUCCAGCAGCACCACGGCUGCGUCCCGCAGACAGGUGACAAAGAUGCUGGCUGUGGUGGUGAUCCUCUUCGCCUUACUCUGGAUGCCCUACCGGACCUUAGUGGUGGUCAACUCCUUCCUGGACAAGGCCUAUCUGGACACCUGGUUCCUGCUCUUCUGCCGCCUCUGCAUCUACCUAAACAGCGCCAUCAACCCAGUCAUCUACAACGCCAUGUCUCAGAAGUUCCGCGCUGCCUUCAAGAAGCUGUGUCACUGUGGCCCUCAGCGCAUGGAGAAACCCCCGUCCUACAGUGUGGCGCUGACCUACAGCGUCAUCAAGGAGACGUCCAAUGGGGAGAGUCCCGACCACUUCACCACGGAAAUGGACGACGAGCUAAACACGCAGUCAGAUCAGUACUUACCUGCUAGCAUCCUGCCAAGUGCUAAGAAAAUGCCAUUCAAGGAGCCUUCCCUGUCUGGGGGUGAUGUCAACGCCUGACUCUCCACCUAAAAAAGGAUUCUGACAGCUGCAUUGAUUCACCCGUGGGACAUUUGAGAGUAGUUUUUCAUUAUGCAUACCCAGACACUUCCAAUUUCAUUCCUCCAAGGUGUUUUCACUCAAAAGUGUUUCUUUUAUUUCACAGGACCAUUUGCCAAAAGCUAAAUUGGAUGCUGUGAAAUGAGCUGACCCAUAGGCCUUUUAGCAUUUUGUACAAAAUGAGUGAAAGGAGAUUUCAGGACUCUUUUGAAAGUACAGUUUAUUGAUUCAUACGUAUACAAAAGCGAUUAUUCAAUUCUGCAGAGGAAGUUGUCUGAAAUGUCGAACUCACCAUAUGAACACAGGAUGUGAUUUAAUUUAUCCUCUUGAUAAAAUGCAGAGACACCUUAGAAAUAAACUUCAGCUUAAACUGUUAUAGGAAAAAGGUACAUGAGAGCAGUUAGUGUCAUGGAGUUUAUCCUAUGGUUAAGUGACUGGAUUCUCUCUCCAGUCCAACAGAGACCCUUAAGUAAAUAUGUCACAUUUAACAGUGGAAAGUUUAAGCAGUUGGCUCUAUAGGGCUGGGGGGUAUGGCAAAACAUUUCAUCACAGUUUAAUCAAGACAUUAAUUACGUCACCGUUCUCUGAUGAGCUCGAGAUUCCCUCGUUGGAUGCACAGUCAGAAUGGUGAUCAAGAAUUGCAUGUGCUGCUGCAGUCAGAAUAACUAAUGAUUUAUACAAAAAUAAACAGAUGAUCUUUAAACGUU